UAUUUGAAUGAAGCACGACAUACGCCUCUUUUAUGUUGUUUUACUUGAAUUUUAGAAAGACAAGAUCCUGUUGAUAUGUGAACCCUAGAAUGUCCACGUGCUAACUCAAUAUCUCACUGCGAAGAACAGAGAGAGAAACGCACGAGGAGAGACACUGGGUCGUCGCCGUUGCAGUUGCCGAAGUCGACGUUGAGGAACCACAUCUCCCUAAUCUUCUUCUUCUUCUUCGCUUUCGUCGCAGCAAAUGGUAAGCGGCUUUCGGGGCCUCCGUGCGUGUUGCUUCCGCUUCUCUCACACGGCGGCGAUUCCUCUCCCCAUACACUCCUCCGCGCUCUCUUUCCGCCGCCGACUGUUCGUCACCAACUGCUCAGCCUCCGUCGCCGGAAAAAAGGAGAAGGUAAUCGUGAUUUCCGGCCCCACCGGUGCCGGCAAAAGCAGGCUCGCUUUGGAGCUCGCGAAACGCCUCAACGGAGAGAUCAUCAGUGCUGACUCUGUCCAGGUAUAUCGAGGACUUGAUGUUGGAUCUGCAAAGCCUUCAUUGAGUGAAAGAAAGGUAUUCAUAUAUUACUGCAUUUUAAGAUUCUACUUGUUUAAAGCAUGUUUAUAGCUCACACGUCUUGUAUCAUGUAUUAUGGCCAAGUUUGACAACCCAAAAAUAAUUCAUCUUUUUAUUUUUAUUUUAUUUUAUUUUUUUAUCACAUCACCUCUCUACUUUUUUGCAUACCUUUUCGUAAAAAUAAAAAAGUGCACUUAUUUUUUGCAUACCUUUUCGUAAAAAUAAAAAAGUGCACUUAUUUAGGGCAUCCAUCUUUUCUCUAUCAUGUGUCAUAUAUCAUGGUCAUUUGGUUGUUAUUGCUUAAUUCUAAUUUUUUGUAAGUGAUUAUUUCUUUCUCAUACCUUGUAUAUGUGUGCUUAUGCUUUGAAUUUAACCCUUUUUUUUGGCGUGAUUGUCUGUCCAUCGGUCACUAUCGUGGCAACACCCCAAUCAAUGGGUUUACAAGUUUCUGUCCAAUUAGAAGAUCUAUCAGAAAAAGGUAGCUUAGUCUACGAGGAUUAGGAAACACCAUGAUACACUAGUGCAUAAAACAAAUCAUAGUUCUACUGGGCUAAUGACAGGUGAAUUGGUAGAGAUAAACAAAAAGAGAAAAAGAUAAUGGACUUAAUUUGCAUUUUUGUGUUGUUUUCCUUUCUUUUUUGCGCCUUUUUGUGUCAGUUUCUGUUCGUUUGAUGACAAUGUUGUCUGGCUAAAGAGCCUUUUGUUUUUUUCUCUGUGUCUGUUGUUAGUUUUGUGGUGCCUGAGGGAUGCCUCUUGUAAACCUGUAUAUGUUAUUGUUUUUAAUUUAUAACUUAUUUACCUAAAA